AUGACGGGCGGCUUGACGAGGAGACAGCAAGCGUCAGUGACGAGAGCUUGGGGAAGGGAAACGGGCUCUGCUGCCCUGCAAUUUCCAUCGGCUGUCAGUUCGAAUUGGGAUAAAGGGCCGCGUUCUCGCAAGCUCUUCCCAAACAAGACAAGAACUGUCCGAUCACCCCUGCGAGAUCCCCAAACCCCAUGUCUGCUUUCGAUAUCAUGGACAUGGGCAUGGCAAAAGAAGUGGACAGCUCGACGCAGAAGCUCGCAGCUCAUGUUGACGCUCGAUGCAGGACGUUGUAUCCGGGCCAUGUGGACAAGGAUCUCAGGUUCCAGCUCUGCAAUGUUUCUCAACGGUUUGUCUCAGCAGUACCUAGCCACCAUUAAACGGCAUGAAAUUGGUUACCCGCUCCUCCAGGAGCCAGGGUAUAGACUGGAGGCUGGAGCUCAGUGUCGGAGACACAUCAAUCCCUCUGACAUCCCAUCCAAGCAGCCGGCAGAGUGUGUAACAUUUAAUCAAUGUUCAUCGGGUUCGCGGUUGAGUAUGGCCGGGUCCCUCCGGGCGCAAGACUAUGGGAGUAGUAUCCCGGUUCGAGAGUGUCUACCACUACUUGGUACAUCACUUCAUUUUGCCCAUUUUUGUCAGCCCUCCUCCCCUCGGCUGGGAGAGCAGACGUGA